CACUUUCAUCCCCUAAAUUUGUAAAACAGGGGAAAAAAAUAAUACAAAUAAAAACACAAAAACCACAAAAUUAUCCAAACAAGUAAAAUUUCUUCGUACCUCAGCUAACAAAUGAAAAUUCCUGAAUUUUACUUGCAAAAUUCCAUUACUGGGACGAAAAUUUUCCAGGAAUAGUAUGGCCAAUAUUUUCCAUGUUAUGAUCAAAACAUGCCUUAUUUGCAUUGUUUUCUUGAUCAAUUACCCUAUGCCUUCAAUUUCUGUUACACAUACUGAAGCCUUAUUGAAAUUGAAACAAUCAUUUACAAAUGCAGAAUCUUUGGAUUCUUGGAAACCCGAGACCGAUCCAUGUGACAAAAAUAGUCGUUGGAUUGGUGUUAUUUGUCAAAAUCAAAUUGUUAGGAGUGUUCUACUUGGACGAAUGAAUUUAUCUGGAAAUAUUGACGUUGAUUCAUUGUCACAACUUCCUGGUUUACGAACACUUAGUUUUCGUAGUAAUUCGUUCUCUGGACCGAUACCUGAAUUCAAUCGAAUGGGUGCAUUAAAAGGACUUUAUUUGUCAGCAAAUCAAUUUUCUGGUGAAAUUCCAUCGAAUUAUUUCGAUAAAAUGCAGUCAUUGAAGAAGUUAUGGCUUUCUGGCAAUAAAUUUAGUGGUGAAAUUCCUUCAUCAAUAUUACAACUGCAUCAUUUGAUUGAGUUACAUUUAGAGAAUAACCAGUUUUCAGGUCCAAUCCCAACGUUGAACCAGUCGACAUUGUUAUCACUCGAUCUUUCGAAUAAUAAUUUGAAAGGGGAAAUUCCAGAGAGUUUAUCAAGAUUCAAUGCAAGUUCUUUUAAGGGAAAUGCUGAGCUUUGUGGAGAGAAAUUAGGCAAAGCUUGUGAUCAUCAGCCCCCAAAUAGCAAUAAUAAUAAUAGCACGAAUAAUAAAAGUCAUGGAAAUUCGAAUAAAAGCAUCUCAAUUUGGGUCAUGAUAGCGUCCAUUGUACUGUUAUUGAUCAUGGUAGUAGGAAUAUAUUUCAUGUGUCGUAGGCAACAAAAUCGUCGUGCUGCUAUUGAAAGUUUUGAAGAGCCAUCACUCGGGAGGAGGAUUUCGAGUGAUAGCAAGAAAUCAUUUGAAUUAAGUCGAAGAGGCAGCUCGAUACGCAAAGGAUCAAUAAAUGGGAAACGCAUAGGCGAUUUGACAAUGGUAAAUGAUGAUAAGGGUGAGUUUGGGUUAGCAGAUUUAAUGAAAGCUGCAGCAGAAGUGUUAGGGAAUGGUCCAUUGGGUUCUUCUUAUAAAGCAAUGAUGGCAAAUGGAUUAACAGUUGUUGUAAAAAGGAUUAAAGAAAUGAAUAAGAUUGGAAAAGAUGGUUUUGAUGCAGAGGUUAGGCGUUUAGGAAGAUUAAGACAUAAAAAUAUUCUAACACUUUUGGCUUAUCAUUAUCGUAAGGAAGAGAAGUUGUUUGUGUAUGAGUAUAUUCCUAAAGGCAGCUUGAUGUUCCUACUUCAUGGUGAUCGAGGAAUUCCCCAUGCUGAGCUCACCUGGACAGUGCGUUUAAAGAUUGUACAAGGAAUAGCUCAAGGAUUAAGUUAUCUUCACACUGAACUUGCCUCUGAUUUGCCUCAUGGCGAUCUGAAAUCGAGUAAUAUACUUAUAAACACAGACCACGAGCCAAUAGUCACAGGCUACGGAUUCUACACCUUGAUCAACAAUGCACACGCAGCUCAAGCACUAAUCGCGUUCAAAUCUCCAGAAGCAGUACAAAAUCACCAAGUUACACCCAAAUCCGACAUUUAUUGCCUAGGAAUUGUCAUUCUCGAGAUAUUAACAGGGAAAUUCCCGUCUCAAUAUCUAAAUACCGGUAAAGGAGGGAUUGAUAUAGUACAAUGGGUGAAAUCCGCGAUGGCUGAGGGAAGAGAAGCUGAAUUAUAUGAUCCAGAUAUAAUAGCAAGUGCCAAAAAUUCAUCGAGUCAAAUGAAAGAAUUACUUCAUAUUGGUGCAGCUUGUGUAGAGAGUAAUCCACAACAAAGGAUCAAUAUUACAGAAGUAAUUAGAAGGAUUGAAGAAAUACAACAACAAACGGGACAAACGAUUCAGAUAAUGCCAUCAUUGAGAGAUGGAUGUGCGGAAAUACCAGUGUCACAAUCCCCUACAAGGAACACUUAAUUGGGAAUUUCGCGACUGGUAAUUCAAGCCGUGGUUAAUGUUGCAGCUUCUCCUAUGGUCGUCAGACUAAUGAUAGUUUAUUAACUAGUUGCUAGUACAUAUAUUACUGACUAAAUUUUUCUUUGCAUUUGUGUAUUUUUUUUAUUUUUGCUUUUUUAGAUGCUCCAUUAUGUAUCAUUUCAUUACCAACCUCAUAGAGAGCAGCUGCAUCCUGUGGAGAGAUGAAAGAGCAUAUGCUUGCUUUUUAGAAAUGUCAAUGAAAUACAAUUUCCUAUUUCUAUCA